UGAGCGGGUGGUGACGUCAUCCAGCCGCUCAGGUAGGCAACACCGAGCUGCACGAGGAAAUACUCCAACAUUUAUUCCCUUUUUUUUUUAUUUUAUUUUUUUUAUUAUUUGUAUUUUUUUUUUUUAAAUAAAAAAAAAAUAAACUACAGUAUUGUCUACAUGGAUAAACUCAAGUCGGUUUUAAGCGGCGAGGAGACGCGCAGAGAUAACAGAACAGUUUUAGAGACCGUGAACGAGGCGUCCACCCUGGGCUGGGGGACUCGCGUGAAAGGAUUCAUCGCCUGUUUUGUGCUCGGCGGAGUGUGCGCCAUCCUCGGUGUUUGUUUACUUUUCCUCCCCAGGAUCGGCCUCAUCCUCUUCAUUGUCUUUUACACGUUUGGCAACAUUUGUGCUUUGUGCAGCACCAUGUUCCUGCUGGGCCCCAUGAAGCAGCUGAAGAGGAUGUGUGACAAGACCAGAGCGCUGGCCACCACCAUCAUGAUCACUUGUCUUGUGUUGACGCUGUGCGCCGUUUUCUGGUGGAAAAAUUUUGGCCUGGCGUUGUUUUUCGUCAUCCUGCAAGUGUUGUCGUUCGCCUGGUACAGCCUUUCGUACAUCCCGUUUGUCAGGGACGCCAUCUUGAGAUUGGUGGCCAUGUGCAUGAAAUAAGGCUUGUUGCUCGACUGGGUCAAUCUUGUUUGUUUUGUUUUUUAGAAAGGGGCAGGUCUUUUUUUGCCCCCCGUCUUCAACAAAUGAGAGUGGGGUUGCAUGUCCAUUUAUGUAUAAUAUUUCAUUAUUCUUGAUCUUGUCAAAUGUUCACACACAUCCUUUAGUGAUACAAAAGCUGCUGCAUUUUAAUGCUUGUUAAUUUAAGUGUUUUUGUUACAUGUUACUGCUACUGUAAAGUGUCACAACUUGUGUCCAAAUAAAUGACAAAUAAAAAUCACAUAUACGCA